AUGGCUGCUACCCCAGAAGCCGCCAUUCCUGUAGACUCUGAUGGGAAUGUCUCCCUGCUGGAAUUGGGCAAACACGGGCUGCCCCAUUGUGCUUACUGUGACAUCACCCAGGACCAGCCCUGCCAUGCAUUUGUGAUGGCUGCCACUGAAGCAGCCACGGCUGGCAUUUUGUCAGCUUUGGUUCGGGGCCCAGGUUGGGAAAUUUUGGACUGGAAUGAAAAGAAAAUGCUCCAGCUUCUAAUUCCACUGCUCAUGGCACUCAAGGGACAUGCCCAGGAAGCUUCAGAUGAAGUUCACUGUGGCUACAGACCCAAAUUUUCAAACUCAACCGUGAUACAAGCUCACGAACUGUUGAACGUCCAGGAUGGCGAGUUCCCAUGGCAAGUGAGUAUCCAGGUCUCGCGGAAACACCUCUGUGGAGGCUCAAUCAUACAUCGGUGGUGGGUUCUGACAGCUGCACAUUGCUUCCCAAGAACCCUGUUAGAAAUGACCUUGGAAAAUAUCACUGUGGUCAUGGGAUCCAGAAUACUCAAGGACUCCCGCCUGGAGAGAAAGCAAGUGCAGAAGAUAAUUAUUCACAAAGAUUAUGAACCACCUCACCUGGACAGCGACCUCUCCCUCUUGCUGCUUGCCACACCGGUACAAUUCAAUAGCUUCAAAAUGCCCAUCUGCCUGCAGAAGAAGGAGAAGACCUGGAACCGGUGCUGGAUGACAGAGUGGGUGACAGCUCCUUCAUAUGACCAAAAGGACAACUUCAACACAUACCUGCAGAAGCUGAGAGUGGUGCAGAUUUCCUGGAGAGAAUGCAGCCAGAGGGUAGACCAGCUCUCCAGGAACAUGCUUUGUGCCUGGCAAGAACUGGGCACCAAAGGCAACUGCCAGGGAGACAGUGGGGCACCUAUGGUCUGUACUGUCCACGGAAGCCAGAGGCUCUUCCAAGUGGGUGUGUUCAGUUGGGGCUUACGAUCUGGCUUCAGGGGGAGGCCUGGUAUGUUUGUGUCUGUGGCUCAAUUUCUUCCAUGGAUCCAGGAAGAGACAGAAAAGGAGGGGAAAGUCUACACCUUCUCAGGAACUCAGAGAAGAAGCUCCCUGCAUCAUGUUCUGUGGUACCCCUUAUGGUUCGGCUUGGGGGUCUCAAGUACAGGAUCCCGGCAUCUGGUCCUGAUGGCGCCUUUCUCUCCACAGGUUCUGUCGGAGCAUGGUUUCGGCCUGAUCACCACGGACAUCCGGGAGGGACAGACCUUUUACUACGCGGAGGAUUACCACCAGCAGUACCUGAGCAAGAACCCCGACGGGUACUGCGGCCUCGGGGGCACCGGAGUGUCCUGUCCCCCAGUGACUCUGAGCUGCCUCGAUUUACAGGAGACCAGCUGGUGUGGAGUCCUUCCACUCUGCUGCCCUCCACCUCGCCAGUUCCACACUGACCUCCGCAUCCCAGAGGACUGGCUCGUGGAAUCAUCAGCUUCCGGUCCAGGAUGCCUCUUGGCUGUCUUGUCUGGACAGAGCUGGCUCCACCCAGUGCCCUAUUGUGACCUGGGCAGCAGGCUGGGCCGUAAGAGUGCAGGCACAGACAGCAAGGCCCUGAGGGGUCCCUCUGAACUGCACAUGAGCCGGCCUACCUGA